CCUUGUGACCACGAUUUGUUAUUCAUCUUUUUAUUGCUGACAGCUUCAAAUCUGUUUGACGCCCAUGAGUACUGAUGCUGACGAGAAUACGAUGAAAAUAUUGGUGGCGACGGACAAUCACGUUGGCUACUUGGAAGACGAUCCUGUGCGAGGUCAGGAUUCUUUUCGAGCGUUUGAAGAAGUACUGCAGAUGGCGCAGCGUCACGAAGUGGACUUCAUUAUCCUGGGAGGCGACUUGUUCCAUCACAAUAAACCGUCGCGUUCGUGUCUUUAUACUACGCUCAAGCUGUUGCGUCGUUACUGUAUGGGAAAUAAGCCCAGCAAGAUCUUUAUUGCAAGCGAUCAAUCCUUGAAUUUCAGUGACGAAUUCUGCAUUGCCAAUUAUUUGGACGACAAUUACAACAUUAGCUAUCCCAUCUUCUCUAUUCACGGUAAUCACGACGAUCCCUCGGGAGCCGGUAAUCUGUGCGCGCUCAAUGUGUUGUCGGUAUCGGGUCUCAUGAAUUAUUUUGGACGGUGUCACAACCUCAACGAUUUGACCCUGUAUCCUAUUCUCAUGCAGAAAGGCACCACACGCUUAGCGUUGUAUGGAUUAGGUAACGUGCGUGAUGAACGGUUGCAUCGAGCGUGGCGUGAUCAUUUGGUCAAGUUUGUUCGUCCGUUGGAUGAAGAAUGGCAGGAAGCUUUCAAUAUUUUCGUCUUGCAUCAAAACCGUGCGGCUCACGGCCCGACAUCUCACAUUCCCGAGGAAUUUUUGGAUGGAUUUCUCGAUUUGGUGAUAUGGGGUCAUGAGCAUGAAUGUCGCAUCAAUCCCGAAGCCUCAGAAGCGUGUGAUAUUACCCAGCCAGGGUCCUCGGUGGCCACCAGUCUGUCGGAAGGAGAGGCGGUUCCCAAGCAUAUUGGUUUACUACGUAUCACCGGAAAAGAAUACACGAUGGAGAAAUUACGUCUGGCCAAUGUCCGCCCGUUCCAGUACACUAGCAUAGACUUGACAUCGGUUCCCGAUCUCCGAGUUUCCGAUGCCAAAGCGUGCCAGGCCUAUUUUGUUCGCGUAGUGGAAGAUCUCAUGAACCGUGCCAAGGCCGAGUGGGAAGAACAGCAGCAACAAGCACGUCAGGCAUCUGCAUCCGAAUCACUGCCGCAUCCUCGGAUCGAACCGAUGCCUUUACCACUCAUUCGUGUACGUGUUCAGUAUGGCGAUGGAUUCGAAACCUUCAACGCCCACAGCUUUGGACAGAAAUUCGCAGGCCGAGUAGCGAACCCAAAAGAUAUACUUAAAUUUCAACGUAUCCGUGCAACGACCUCAUCACAGCGACAGAAAGCGACGGAUAUUUUGAAAGAUCUGAGUUCCAUGAUCCCUGAGCGGCUGGACCGCUUAAAGGUGGAGGAUCUGGUGGGCGAAUUGCUGAAGGAUUUAUCGCUUCUUCCCGAAAACGAAUUGCAGGAUACGGUCAAGGCGUUUGUUGAGAAGGACGACCAUAAAGCGAUUACCCAGUUUGUGGAAAAGGCUUUGAAUCGCGCGCAGACAUCGAGUGUGCCGGAGGAAAUGACCGAUUUGACGGACGAUUUUGUCAAACGACGAGCGGCCGCCACCAAACAAAGUCGUGUACAAGCUUAUGCGAACGAGCAAUCGGGGAGACGACGGAGGACCUCGGAUGCCUCAGAUACCGAUUUAUCCAAUAAGCGUCCGCGGAUAGGAAGUAGCUCGUAAAAAAACCAUACACAAGCGACGGGAUUCCGAUGGAUUAGCUUGCCAACAAAAAAAAAAAAAAAAAAAAAAA